CCUCAAUUUGGGGAAUGUCAUCAAUUAGUCUCUCGGUGAUUGCGUGAUUUCACGAAAGUCUUUCAUAUUCUGCUUUGUGCACUGAGUAUCUCUUCAAACUUCAGUGCAUGUUUCUACCACUUGAUGCUUUAUUAUAUGGGAAUCUAACUUUCACAAGAGCAUUUCAGGCAAAGACUUGUCUUGUUCCCCACUGGCAGGCAAUUUCACUCGGAUACACAAUCAAUAGGCUGAGCAUGGAAAGGUUAUCGCUGGAAGGUCUGUUUGAUUCCACGGAUCUCUCCUUUCUUAUUGAGGAAAAAAAAAUACGCUGUGCUAAUUACUGUACUUCAUUGACUAUUCUCCAGUCAGAAAGCGCACUUCCGACUUCUUGUCCUUCAAUCGCUGAAGGGAUGAUGGUAUCUGCCAAAAGCACACACUUGAAAGUACAUCCCAGCACAAACACACACACACACACACACACACACAAACACGGACACACACACACAAGCGCGCACACACACACGGCUUCAUAGGUAAAGAUUUCUUCCCUGACAUUGUUUUACCUAAAAUAAGGCAAGUGUGUGGCCACUGUCCCAACCCGGUUACACUCGUAUUCUACGUGCCUAUCAGCCUGAGGAGUAAUUGGAUUCAGGUGUUCUGGAAAGCAUGAUGUGGGCUGUGUCUGUUGAAUUCCCAGCAAUGCAAGGGGACACACCCUGUGACUCCUUCCUUAAUUGAGUGCUGAUAUUUGAUUGGUUUAUCGCGCACCUGAUGGGUGGGUGGGGUGUUCGCGGUUGGUGGGGGUGAGGUAUAUAAGGGCUGAUGCGGCCAGACAGCUCCUCAUUUGAACACCCUCUCGGAAGAGAUAGCGUCUUUCUGCAACCCGCGGUCCCAGCAGAAAAACCUUGUGAUCCUUGUUCCAGGCGACAUGGAGGACGACUCACUCUGCUUGGGAGGGGAGUGGCAGUUGAACCGCUUUUCAAAACUCACAUGUUCUGGGCCAGGUGCAGCUUUUGCUGAAAUCCAGCGGACUUCUCUCCCUGAGAAGUCACCACUCUCAUCUGAGACCCGUGUCGACCUCUGUGAUGAUUUGGCUCCUGUGGCAAGACAGCUUGCUCCCAGGGAGCAGCUUCCUCUGAGUAGCAGGAGACCUGCUGCGGUGGGGGCUGGGCUCCAGAAUAUGGGAAAUACCUGCUACGUGAAUGCUUCCCUGCAGUGCCUGACAUACACACCGCCCCUUGCCAACUACAUGCUGUCCCGGGAGCACUCUCAAACUUGUCAUGGUCACAAGGGCUGCAUGCUCUGUACUAUGCAAGCUCACAUCACACGGGCCCUCCACCGUCCUGGCCAUGUCAUCCAGCCCUCACGGGCAUUGGCUGCUGGCUUCCAUAGAGGCAAGCAGGAAGACGCCCAUGAAUUUCUGAUGUUCACUGUGGAUGCCAUGAAAAAGGCAUGCCUUCCCGGGCACAAGCUGGUAGAUCAUCACUCUAAGGACACCACCCUCAUGCACCAAAUAUUUGGAGGGUACUGGAGAUCUCAAAUCAAGUGUCUCCACUGCCAGGGCAUUUCAGACACCUUUGACCCUUACCUGGACAUCGCCCUGGAUAUCCAGGCAGCUCAGAGUGUGAAGCAAGCUUUGGAACAGUUGGUGAAGCCCGAAGAACUCAAUGGAGAGAAUGCCUAUCAUUGUGGUCUUUGUCUCCAGAAGGCGCCGGCCUCCAAGACGUUAACUUUGCACACUUCUGCCAAGGUCCUCAUCCUUGUAUUGAAGAGAUUCUCCCAUGUCACAGGCAACAAACUUGCCAAGAGUGUGCAAUAUCCUGAGUGCCUUGACAUGCAGCCAUACGUGUCUCAGCAGAACGCAGGACCUCUUGUCUAUGUCCUCUAUGCUGUGCUGGUCCACGCCGGGUGGAGCUGUCACAACGGACAUUACUUCUCUUAUGUCAAAGCUCAAGAAGGCCAGUGGUAUAAAAUGGAUGAUGCCGAGGUCACUGCCUCUGGCAUCACUUCUGUCCUGAGUCAACAGGCCUAUGUCCUCUUUUACAUCCAGAAGAGUGAAUGGGAAAGACACAGUGAGAGUGUGUCAAGAGGCAGGGAAGCAAGAGCCCUUGGCGCUGAAGACACAGACAGGCGAGCAACGCAAGGAGAGCUCAAGAGAGACCCCUGCCUCCAGGUACCCGAGUUGGACGAGCACUUGGUGGAAACGGCCACUCAGGAAAGCACCUUAGACCACUGGAAAUUCCUCCAAGAGCAAAACAAAACCAAGCCUGACUUCAACGUCAGAAAAGUCGAAGGUACCCUGCCUCCCAACGUACUUGUGAUUCAUCAAUCGAAAUACAAGUGUGGGAUGAAAAACCACCAUCCUGAACAGCAAAGCUCCCUGCUAAACCUCUCCUCAACGAACCCGACAGAUCACGAGUCCAUGAACACUGGCACACUCGCUUCUCUGCAAGGGAGGACCAGGAGAUCCAAAGGGAAGAACAAACACAGCAAGAGGGCUCUGCUUCUGUGCCAGUGAGCUCAGUGGAUGUGCCGACCCACACAUAGGGGUGCGCAAACACACACACA